ACAUAUAUCAUAUAUUCCAAUCAAUCUCUCCCGAAUGGCGCUCCUCAACCCUCUCUACGCCUGCGUCGUGCCCUUGCUCCUCAUCACCACCAUCCCGCUCGCCAUCUUCGCCGGCAUCACCACCACCUUUGCCUUCUCCAUCCUCAUCUUCCGCGUCUUCGUCGUCUACCUCGACAUCGCCCUGUCUCUCGUAUCGCAGUCCCUGGCCCACCUCGCCGAGAGCAGCAGCGGCCUCAUCACCAGCAGCAAAAGGUCCCAUCUCCGGCCGCCACGGACGCCAUCGUCGUCGUCGUCCAUCAACAGCCGCGCCAACAGCGUCAGCCCGUCGGCCUCGUCCACGCUGCUCAAGAGGCACCGCCGCCGCCGGCCCAGCUCGUCCGUCUACUCCGGCACCGCCACGCCCGCCAGCGACAUUGGCCUCGGCCUCAUCCCCAGCGUCGGCGCCGAGCGGGACUUUGAGGGCGUUGGCGGCUGGCGCCUCGGCGACGACGACGACAACGACGCUGCCUGGACCACCAUCAACUCGCGCUCCGAGCUGCUGCACGACCGCUCGCACGACCGGCAUCACCGGCGCACCGCGUCCGGCGGCCCGACCAGCACGGCGGCCGAGAGCGGGAGCGGCUUCCUCAUGAUGAAGGGCCGCACCCGGAGCCCCGACAAGAUGCUCCUGACGACGCCGUCUCCAAACAGCUCCAGGGUGCGGGCACCGUCGGCAGCGCCGCGUCUUGGGUCGGGCGCAAACAACCACAGCGAUGGGUAUUUCCCUUUGAUGACAUACUCGAAAGCAGUCAAGAGAAACCUUUCUUGACGUUGUUUUCGGUGCUGUGAGGAGAAAACAGGCGUGCGAGUUAUCCAUCUUGGUGAUGAUAAUGAUGAAUAUGAGUCGUGGAAUGGUUGAGGACCUGAAAACUUGCCAGAUUGUGGAUGGCUUUCAUGCCAUCUAGCUCUUCUUUCCUUUUUUUGUGUCCUUGAUGGAACAGUUUGGAUUGAUGAUGAUUUUGUACUCGGAUCGAGUACCAUGGCGCAACGACACGGAGGGGGAUACUGGACUUGGCGUUUUAUAAGCAAAAGGAUCAUGAGCCUGCAGUUUGCAAAUUUGUACAUUUAUACUGUGAUUUUUGCCUCUUUUACUUCUCUCCCUUAUAGCAAUUUGCUCAAUCAAGAUGGACAUUGGUAUACUCCAUUUGAUAUACACUUGAUUAUUUUCAAGUCCCAAGCGUAGCCAUCGUUUCCAACAAAUGCCUCCAACUGCCCUCAAACGCCGCAUGCUCAAAAACACAAACCAAUUUCCAACUCCCUCGUAGUGGUAUCUUCCCAAACCCAAAAAUUCCAACCAAAAGCAAGCAGCCAAUAAAACCCCCCAAAAACUCAUAUCCCAUCCAUUCAUCAGAUUGCCUGCCAAAAGUAAUUCGCGUAAAAGUACCGCGAAAACUUCUUGUCCAUAUUCACCACAUGCACAUCCCCCUUCCUAUCAUUCCGAAUCACCGCCCGCGCCCACUCGCCAUCCUUUUCAUCCCUCUCAAUCUCAAUCCCCAAGCUGCGAUACACUUUAAGUCGUAGCAGCACCUCGUCGUCCACAGGAUCUCGCCUCCGGCUCUCCUCGGACCCCUCCACGCCCUGCAGCUCCAGCUCCUGCAGCCGCGCCGCCAAAUCGGCCGCCUG